UGUAGUUGUGCUGAUGCUGUAGUUGGUGCUGAUGCUGUAAGGAAUGGCGUUGAUACCUUCCCAGGUGCUGCGCCUCGCUAUACUGCUCUCCUACCUCUCUGUCCUCUGUACCUUCAAAGCCCUGGACAUUCCGGCCCAUCAGACCUACGGUGGCAGCUGGAAAUUCCUGACCUUCAUCAACCUGGUGAUCCAGACGGUUUUCUUUGGAAUCUGUGUCCUGACCGACCUGUCCAGCCUCCUGACCCACGGCAGCGACGAUCAGGAACAGCAGAGACAACUGAGGAAACUCAUCUCCCUCCGCGACUGGCUGAUGGCUGUCUUGGCCUUUCCCACCGGCACGGUUGUCGUCAUCAUGUUCUGGGCCCUGUACAUGUAUGAUCGGGAGAUGGUUUAUCCCAAGAUCUUGGACAGUUUUAUACCACAGUGGGUUAAUCAUGGGAUGCACACGACAGUUCUCCCCUUCCUAAUAAUUCAGAUGAGAACCACACAGCAUCGCUAUCCCAGUCGUCAGCUCGGGCAUGUAGCCGUCUGCCUCUUUUCCAUGGCUUACAUUGUAUGGAUUUUUUGGAUCCAACACAUGACUGGUCUCUGGGUCUAUACUCUUCUGGAACACCUCAGCUGUCUGAUGAAGAUUGGGUUCUUUGCUGCUGGAGUGGCUGUGGUUAAUGUACUGUACGUGCUGGGAGAUAUAUUAAACAGCUUCAUCUGGGACGGCUCGAAUGAUACAGAAGAGAAGGUGGGAAGCAAGGACAAACUGGAGUGAAGCCAGGGAGGAGAAGACUGAAGAUCCCACCCCCAACCCCCGCUCCCGUGGAAACAAAGACAACUGUAGAGGAAAACAGCAGAGAUUCCCAAGUAUAGGAAGCCUCAACACUCGUCAGUGCCUCUCUUACUCCAGUGAACUUGUGGGAAACUCCUCAGUCGCUCUCUAUUGAGUUCACUUGGCCAAGAAGGUCGCCAACACUUUUCAAUACGGUCAGAAAAAAAACUACAGCAAAACAAUACCAAUUCAA